UGGAGCUGAUCUCAGAGCCAUUGCUCUCAGAAGCCGGACACGAGCACAACAUGAGGCUGAGACGCAGCGUCGGAGAACUGCUGGUGUGUUGCACUGCAUUGUGGGUAGUCGUGUCCUCCUCCUCCUCUUCUGGGGUUACAGCUUCUCCUCCUCCUGGAUGUGACUCCAUGUUGUCGUUCUCCUCUGAGGUCUCCUCCUUUUCUGACGGACACACCAACGUCAACAGGAGGUCUCUGUCUCCGUGGAAAUGGAGGACGUCCACCGUGAAGACCCGGGUCCCCUCCACUCUCUGGGAGGCCGUGUGCCUCGACGACUUCUGCUCGGGGCUGGACAAACACCGGCUGAUGUCAGUCCCCGUCUACCAGAGCGUCCUGGUCCUGAACCGCCCGCAGGGGGCGCUCUGCUACACCGCGUCCUACCUGUCGGUGGCCGUGGGCUGCACCUGCGUCAGGGCCAAAACCAGCCAGAACUGAAGCUACAGCUCAGAGAGGAGAACAUUCAACAUCUGCUGAUUGGUUGUGUUGAUUUGUGUGAUUGUGUUUGAUCCUCUGACAACUCUGUGUAAUUAAAAAACACACAAAAUGAAACAAGUCGACUUUACUUUGUUUUGAAAAAAAAGCAUAAAUGUUAAAAAAGCAUCAGAACAAAAUGUCUUCACCUAAGUCAAUGUUGUAAAAGAAACUAUCGUAAACAGUUGUGUAUGUUUAGUUUGGUACAGUGUAACAGUGUAAGAGUGUAACAGUGUAACAGUGUGUGUGUGUGUGUGUGUGUGUAUGUGUCUCUGGUGUGUGUGUGUGUGUCAGCAGUGUGUCGAGUCUCAUGACGAUUGAAAACCUCAGCAUAGAAAAAGUCAUUCAGACAGAAAUUAGAUCUGAUUAGUUGAAAACAAGAGUACGUAGUGUGUGUGUGUGUGUGUGUAUGUGUGUAUGUGUGUGUGUGUGUGUAUGUAUGUGUGUGUGUGUGUGUGUGUGUGUGU